AUGGACAGUCCUCGUAUCAGGCCUUUUGCCAGCACAUGCAACAACAGCCUCAACCGGGCGUUUGUCCCGCAGUCCACCACGCAGAUGGGCCAACCUCGAGAAGACACGUUCAACUGGAAGAACACUGCACGGGCGGAGAAGAAGCACGCCUCGCGAGCCAGUCGUGCGAAUUGUUCCGUUGAUAUGGGCAAAUCUCAGUCCAAGCUAUCGCAGGAGCAGCUGUCGGAGCUGCAAAAGUCGACACACUUUGACAAGAAGGAGCUGCAGCAAUGGUACAAGGGCUUCCUGAAAGACUGCCCGUCCGGCAUGCUCACCAAGGAUGAGUUCCAAAAGAUCUACCGCCAAUUCUUCCCCUUUGGCGACCCGUCGAGUUUCGCCGACUACGUCUUCAAUGUCUUCGACAGCGAUAAGUCUGGCACCAUAGAGUUCAAGGAGUUUAUCUGUGCGCUGAGCGUUACGAGCCGCGGCAAGAUGGAGGACAAGCUUGACUGGGCCUUCCAGCUGUACGACAUAGACGGCGACGGCAAGAUCAGCUACGACGAGAUGCUCAAGAUCGUCGAGGCCAUCUACAAAAUGGUCGGCUCCAUGGUCAAGCUGCCCGAGGACGAAGACACGCCCGAGAAGCGGGUCAAGAAGAUUUUUCGCAUGAUGGACAAAGACGAGAACGGCAGCCUCGACAUAAGCGAGUUCAAGGAGGGCAGCAAGCGCGACGAGACCAUCGUGUCCGCUCUGUCGCUUUACGAUGGACUGGUCUAG